AUGGGAGAGCACAUCACCGAGCAGCAGGUCGUGGCCACAUACAAGAGUCUACGCGCCGAGGUGCGACAGAUGGGAGAAAAGAUUGCUGAGCUUGAGAUGGAAACUACUGAGCAUGAUCGUGUGAUCCAGACACUCACUGAGCUGCCAAAUGGUCGCAAAGCUUAUCGUAUGAUAGGUGGUGUAUUAGUGGAGCGUACGGUACAGGAGGUACUACCAGCUGUAAAAGCCAAUCGUGAUGGCAUUGCACAAGUCCUGAAGCAGCUUAAUGAGAGUAUCAAGCACAAGGAAAAGACGGCUGAUGAGUGGCAGCAAAAGUACAAUAUUCAGGUACAACAAUAA